UUCUAGUUAUACGGUUUUUGUUUUUUCACUUGAAUUGAAUCGAUGCAUUCAAGAACCCUAACCCUAAUUCAACUGAUAAACUGAAUACUACAUCAUUAUUACUAUACUCAUCAAAAUUGUAUUGAUACAGGUGGCAUUUGGAAAUUAUAAGAAGCAGCGUUCUAUGAUGCUGAGCUUCUGUUAUCUGUUACCUCCACUAAGUCUCAUCAUGUAUCAGGUAUGUCUGCAAAGCACGAUCAAAAUGCAAGCAAAAGGAAGAGAUCCGAUACUGUUAAAGAAGAUGAUGAUUCACCAUCCUGGUCGAUCCCAGAUAUUCUUUUAUUAAUCAUGAUGCGGCUGGGAAUUGUCGACUUUCUUGCAUUCAGCGGUGUGUGCAAGUUGUGGCGGACAAUUGCACUCACCAACAGGAAAAAGUUCCUGUUGUCUAGACAACGGAUGGCCAUACGCAUCUCCACUCGAGUGGCUAAUAGAAAAGAGUGCUGGUUAGAGGACUGUGACGGAAGAGUGUUCCGGACCAUCCUUCCCCGUUCUAGCGGCAGGACCUGUGUCGGGUUAGUUUCUGGUUACGUGAUCUUGUUCGGGAGGAAAACCCGUGAUUUCCGGCUUGUAAAUCCUAUCACAAGGCAUGAAGUUAAUUUCCCUCGUUUCCCCUUUCACGUGGUUGCUCAUCCAAACGCCUUUCAGGGUACCCUCGUCUUUUCACGAACAGCGGAUAGGUGGGUGUUUGUGAUCUCAUCCCGACACUCGUGGACAAUAUCGUUCUCGUUUAAUGGUAAACGAGCCAGCUGGACUCAUCUGUCAUCCCAUGUCCCAAUCAGUGAUUUAGCAUUUUUUAAAGGAAAGAUAUAUGCCUUGAACGAAGACAUUGGUUUAUGUGAAGUGAGACUCGGUCCUAACCCCACCUUGACACCGCUAAAAAUGAAGAAUUCCUUGAGGUCACGUGUCUUUCUUCCAGAGUUUGUUAUUUUAGGUGAAAAGCUGUUCGUGACAGGUUACCAGCCAUACAAUCCGUUCCCUGUUGAAGUCGACGUUGACAAAGUGAGAUGGGUGAUUAAAAAACCAGAAUUCUGGGAGGAUCCUGACAUGCUAUACCGGUGGUUUAGUUACGUUAAUCACAGUGGUGAAGGUAGAAAAACGCGUGUCAUAAACAUGCCAUACUUCCCUCAUGAAUGUUGGGAUGCUAAUAUCCUACAUGAGUGAUUGUUUUUCUUUGUUGUUAGUCAGAAUUUGAAUUGUUAAAUACCUUUUUUUAAGAUCUUUGAGAACCACCAUAGAUGUAUUUGUAUCUUUGUUUUUGGUGGGCA